GACUGUUUGAAUUCAUACCAUAAGGUCAGUUAUUUAUUUUGCAGUCAAAGGUUGCCGCAAAUUCAAACGUAGCGCGGAACUGAAUUAGGGCUUACUACAUUCUCGGCUCCCUUAGUGUUUUAAGGUUCCUAUCCUUUUAAAAAAUUGUGUCGACUAGAUCAUCUUCCUCAAGAUGUCUUCUGUGCUUGAACAGCUGAUCGAAAUGGGUUUCACACAGGCCAAAGCGGAAAAGGCUAUUAAGUCAUCAGGGAAUAAGGGAUUGGAGGAAGCGAUGGAGUGGAUUGUGGAAAACGACAGUGGUGAUGAAAACGAUGGACCUAAUGGAAAUGGUGAAGCUGAGAAAAAGUCUCUGACGCCACGUUCUUACAUAUGUGAAGACUGCCAGAAGUCUCUCAAAAGCGAUGAGGAAGUUCAGUUGCACAGUGCUCGCACAGGACAUAUCAAUUAUGCGGAAUCUUCAGACCCAGUUAAACCUUUAACAGAGGAAGAGCGUAAACAACAGAUGGAAAAGUUACAGGAACUUUUACGGAUUAAAAAAGCUCAGAGAGAGGAACAAGAGAAACAGGAAGAACUUGAACGUGAAAGACAAAGGCGUCAACAGGGCAAGACAUUAAUUUCAGCUAAAGAAAAGUUUGAAGAAGAUGAAAUGCGUCGUUUAGUUGAACAAAAAAGGCGAGAAAAAGAAGAAGAUCGAGCUUACAGAGAGAAAUUGAAGGCAGAUAUCGCUCGAGAAAGGGAAGAAAAGCGAGCUCGUGAACUUGGUAUAUUCCCAACAACUGUACCCCUAAGCAGCAGUAAUCCAACUCCUGUACCAACUUCAGUGCCUAAAACCAAUUCAACUGUAUGCCGUUUACAAAUACGUUUACCAUCUGGUCAACCAAUUAAAGCAGAAUUUGGUGCCAAUGAACCACUAAGUUCAGUCACAUUGUAUAUUAGUCAAAAUUGGCCAGAUUCAACAGCAUGCAUUGACCCAGAAUCAAUUCAAUUGAUGACAAGUUUUCCUAGACGAGAUUUUACACCUGAAGAUAUGAAUAAAUCUCUUUUAGAUUUAGAUCUAUGCCCAUCUUCUGUUGUAAUAGUCCGACAAGGAACAAGUAGUAUAUGAGAAGAAGACAGCUUAGGUUUUCUUUUUUGUUUAUUGGCUACUUUGCGCACACAUUGUUAACAUAAAUAAAAUACACUUUUUUUCUGUUUCUUUCUCCUGAAUGCUGCAUACACAGCAUAAUACUCAUUGAAUAAUAAAUUUAGUACAAACAAAUUCAAUAAUUUCUGUUUGUUUGUUUGGGCUUUUCUUUUUUUGUUGUUUAUUUGUUAUUUUUACUUAUCAAAAUAUUUAUAUUUAAACGACCACAGUGUUUGGAUUUGUUUUGUUUUUUGAGAAUAGAUGUACUUUUAUGGGUAUACUAUUCUAUUCUGUUCUAGAAUAAAUUAUUGGAAAAUAAA